UAAGGCCUGAGAUUCUGCAUUUCUAACAAAUUUCCAGGUAAUCUGAUGUUGCUGGUUCUGGGAUUACAUUUUGGACAGCAGAAUUCUAAAGUAUCUCUACCUACAAGGAGACUCCACCAGCAAGAUUUGUUUAAGUACAUUUCAAUAAUUGGCACAGACAAAUAGACCAAUGGAGACUCUUCAUUGUCUGUGAGACCAUACCCCCAUUUUGCCCCAGGAAAAGGCAGCUUGGAUGAGGGCCAGAGGGAGAGCUGCCCCAACCUUUGAUAAGCCAGAGUCUAGAAUCCAAUUUCCCAAAGAAGCAGAGUUUGCUGUGUGAGGCAGCACACGCCCUACAUUAAAUACCAGCCAAGUUCACUUACUGAGUGAGGUUGGACCUCAGCAGGCGUGGGUGGGUCAAGGGGAAGCUGCCCCAUUCUCUCUACCGUAUACCCUUUUCCUACAUGUAUUUUAUUCACCAAACCUUUACUGAUGAUCCACUAAUAAACUACAAGUUCUGAGAGAUUCAAAGAAGAAUCGGAUUUGGCCCUUUGAGCUCCAGGAGGAGGAAUUCACAAUGGGAAAUACAAUUGUAAAAUAAAGUACAAUGUGAAGUGGUAAGGGCUAAUAAACAUUUAUGUACAGAGAUGAGCCAGCAUGAAGGAGCAAUGCUAAUAGCUUCCUGGAGCAGCAGCCGCUGAGGGAGCUGCAUGAAACAUCCCUAUUAUUUGCAAGUAAGGGACACGCCCUAAACAAAAAUUCCUUGCCAGGGCCAACCAGUGAUGAUAAACAAGUGUGCUUUGAGGCCUUGAAGUCCUUGAAACCAAGACCCCAUGUUCCAGAGGCUUAACAUGGGAAAUGCUUCCAAUGUUUGUGCCCCUAACCUCCAGCUUUAUAUUACCAGUAAAUCCAAAGAACCGAGAGACUUUUGGAGGAUGAGAUCCUCCAAAGGGUGAAGGUGACCAUUGUCUUAUCUCAGAGAGCUCUAGUACCCACAUCCUAACCCAUGUCGAAACCCAACUGAUCAUUUUUGUAGCUACAGAAACAUUUGAAUCUUUACCCUUUGUCAUAUUGACAAAGCUCUUAAUUGGCUUAACCCAUCGCACUGCUAGGUAUAAAGGCUAUAAUCCCAAGACUAAGAAGUAGGUCUCCAGCUGGAGUAGGGAGCCUCAGCCAAUGCAGGAAGGGCAGAAGAACUGAUAGACUACUGUCACCCCACUCCACACAGACCAGCUUUAGGGGAGCUCAGGAACUGAUAAUCAAUCCCAAUUUAUUUUUUCCUUUUCUUUCAUCUCAUAUAUAGAAACACUUACAAGAGAAGCUCAAGAGCCUAAGGGAGCAGCUGAGAAAGAGACGGAAGAAAUGGGGAGUGGAAUCAGUGCUGAGGACAAAGAACUGGCCAAGAGGUCCAAGGAGCUAGAAAAGAAGCUGCAGGAGGAUGCUGACAAAGAAGCCAAGACAGUCAAGCUGCUGUUGCUGGGUGCUGGGGAGUCAGGAAAGAGCACCAUCGUCAAACAGAUGAAAAUCAUUCACCAAGAUGGAUACACACCAGAAGAAUGCCUGGAGUUCAAGUCUGUCAUCUACGGGAAUGUGCUGCAGUCCAUCCUGGCUAUCAUCCGGGCUAUGUCCACACUGGGCAUUGACUAUGCUGAACCAAGCCGUGCGGAUGAUGGGCGGCAGCUCAACAACCUGGCUGACUCCACUGAGGAGGGAACCAUGCCUCCUGAGCUGGUGGACGUCAUCAAGAAGUUGUGGAAGGAUGGUGGGGUGCAAGCCUGCUUCGAGAGAGCAGCAGAGUACCAGCUCAAUGACUCAGCAUCUUACUACCUGAACCAACUAGAACGAAUCACAGACCCUAACUAUCUUCCUAACGAGCAAGAUGUGCUACGAUCCAGAGUCAAAACUACUGGCAUAAUUGAGACCAAGUUUUCCGUCAAAGACUUGAAUUUCAGGAUGUUUGAUGUGGGAGGACAAAGAUCAGAGAGAAAGAAGUGGAUCCACUGCUUUGAAGGAGUCACCUGCAUCAUUUUUUGUGCAGCUCUCAGUGCUUAUGAUAUGGUGCUGGUUGAGGACGACGAAGUGAAUCGUAUGCAUGAGUCUUUGCAUCUGUUCAACAGCAUAUGUAACCACAAGUUCUUUGCGGCUACUUCCAUUGUCCUCUUUCUCAACAAGAAGGACCUAUUUGAGGAAAAAAUCAAGAAAGUCCAUCUCAGCAUUUGUUUUCCGGAGUAUGAUGGGAACAACUCCUAUGAGGAUGCAGGGAAUUAUAUCAAGAGCCAGUUUCUUGACCUGAAUAUGCGAAAAGAUGUCAAAGAAAUCUACAGUCACAUGACCUGUGCUACAGAUACACAGAAUGUCAAAUUUGUAUUUGAUGCAGUUACAGAUAUUAUUAUCAAAGAAAACCUCAAGGACUGCGGACUCUUCUAAUCCUCACCAUUUCUCAGGGAUAGUCUACAAACAAGGCUGGAAUCUCAGUAACUUCAAGCAGACAAUGAUAGUCAGUGGACCAUGA